CGUUACGUCAAACUUCCGCGCCGGAAGUGGGCGGGCCAGUGGCCCGGCCUGGGGGAAGGGAGUGAGGGCCGAGGCUACCGUGGUGGGUCCCCCGCCAAGCUGGUUAAGGGGAGUGAGAAGGCCCGGAGACUAACUCGACGAGAAACCCCGCGCCCCGGGAAAAAGAAACCCGGCUACACCCGCAGGCCGCCGGCGCUCUGUGAAGAUGGCGGGGCCUGAGCUACUGCUCGACUCCAACAUCCGCCUCUGGGUGGUCCUGCCAAUCGUUAUUAUCACCUUCUUCGUGGGCAUGAUCCGUCACUACGUGUCCAUCCUGCUGCAGAGCGACAAGAAGCUCACCCAGGAACAAGUCUCUGACAGUCAAGUCCUAAUUCGAAGCAGAGUCCUCAGGGAAAAUGGAAAAUACAUUCCCAAACAGUCAUUCUUGACACGAAAAUACUACUUCAACAACCCAGAAGAUGGAUUUUUCAAAAAAACUAAAAGGAAGGUUGUGCCACCUUCUCCUAUGACUGAUCCCACUAUGCUCACAGACAUGAUGAAAGGCAAUGUAACAAAUGUCCUCCCUAUGAUUCUUAUUGGCGGAUGGAUCAACAUGACGUUUUCAGGCUUUGUCACAACCAAGGUCCCAUUUCCACUGACCCUCCGUUUUAAGCCUAUGCUACAGCAAGGAAUUGAGCUACUCACAUUAGAUGCAUCCUGGGUGAGUUCUGCAUCCUGGUAUUUCCUCAAUGUCUUUGGGCUUCGGAGCAUUUACUCCCUGAUUUUGGGCCAAGAUAAUGCUGCUGACCAAUCACGGAUGAUGCAGGAGCAGAUGACUGGAGCAGCUGUGGCCAUGCCCGCAGAUACCAACAAAGCCUUUAAGACAGAGUGGGAAGCUUUGGAGCUGACAGAUCACCAGUGGGCACUAGAUGAUGUCGAAGAGGAGCUCAUGGCCAAAGACCUCCACUUCGAAGGCAUGUUCAAAAAGGAACUACAGACCUCUAUUUUCUGAAGACCAAGCAGGGGUUAGCUGUGUCAGGGACUCAGAGUAGCACUUAACUUUGUAAGUUUUGUUUGAGCCAGAGCCCCUCAGAAUAAAAAGGUGGAUGCAUGAGCUGGCGGGCAUGCCGCAAGGAUUGUUCUUGUCUGAGGUGUGUUGCCUGUUAUGUUUGAAACCAGAGGAAAUAUGAGGAGUGUGUGUUGAGUGAUUUCCCCAGAAACAGCUAUUUUUUAAAGAUUUAAAAAUCUUUUUUGGUAACUCUAGUAGUAAAAGUCAGAAAGGGGUAAACUCAAGCUAGCGAUAAGAUAUAAAACUUAGCAAAAAUUGAAUCUUUGGAUAAAACAUUGUCAAACCUAAUUAUUAUGUGCAGACAUUCUGAUUUGUAACCACAGUAAACUGCUGUUUUCUUGGGAUCCAAA